GAUUGUUUUACCUAUAACCUCUCUUUUCCAGUGUGGGAAUGCGUCAAAGUUACCGUGACCACUUUAAAAACUAGAAAACCAGCAAUUUCCGGCCUUGAUUUGAAUUUGUGAACGAAAAGGCACUAAUUUACUGUUGCAAUAUUACGUGGUGACAAUAUGGGUACAAUAGAAGGCAAUGAAAAUAAUCCAGCAACUCUCAAACUAGUCCUGGCAGGCAAACUGGCAAAAACUCAAUAUGCAGUGAAAAUUCGAGGGCAUAAUGAGGAAGGUCAAUAUUUGCCAUAUUUAGCUCUUAGUUCGGAAGACAAUAUUUUUGUACCGAAUGCAGCAAUAUGGUUCAUUUUGCCACCGGCUGAAGAGCUUUCAGACAAAGUAAGGGAAGUGCUGGAGAUGGAAUCCACUGUCUUAUCACCUUCUUUAGCCCUGCUUCUUGGAACCAACUUAAAGUCUGAAAAAGUAAAAAGUUCUGUAUUAUCAGCCUUGCAAUCGCUCAAUUCAACCUUAGAAGGAAGUCAGUUUCUUGUUCAAGACGCAAUAACCGUAGCAGAUGUAGCAGUAUUUUCCACGUUAUUUCCAAUUUUUAAAGCUGCGAAACUCCUUAAGGAAUAUCUAGGAAGCUUUCCUUCAAUUAGCAAAUAUCUCAAUCAGCUAGAACUACUACCUGAAGUCAAGGAUUCCGUCGCGAUAGUUUUUCAUCAAAAAUGCAACAUUGGCCCUGUUUCCUACCAAGUGCUGUUCCAAAGCUCGAAGUAUUUGGUACCUCAGAUCCAGUCUGACCCGAAAACGGUCAACAGACUGGAUUCAGUUGAGAAAGAAUCGUCAAAACAUGAGGUGGAAACUGUUAGCAGUGAAGAGCUGGAAGCAGCAGAGAAGGCGUGGAAAAAAUCUCCCGGCUCACUCCCUAAGCUGAAAACCCCAAAUAAAGUCGUAUUGCCAAAGACUGGCGAGAAGAACGUUUUUAUAACUUCCGCUUUGCCCUACGUAAAUAACGUACCCCAUCUAGGAAAUAUCAUUGGUUGCGUGUUGUCUGCCGACGUUUUUGCACGUUUUUCUCGCCUAUGCAACAACAACACUUUGUAUAUUUGCGGCACUGAUGAGUACGGAACUGCCACCGAAACCAAAGCCCUAGAGGAAGGCUUAUCAUGCCAGGCUAUAUGCGAUAAAUACUUCAAGAUUCACCAGGAGAUCUAUCAGUGGUUCAAUAUCAGCUUUGAUAGCUUUGGUCGGACGUCUACACCUUUGCAAACUGAGUUGGCCCAAGAUCUUUUCUUGCAACUGAACCACAAUGGAUUCAUGUCCACUCAGGCUGUAGAUCAGCUACUUUGCGAGAAAUGUAACCGCUACUUGGCCGACCGAUUUGUUGAAGGCGGCUGUCCGAAUGUGGGCUGCACUUAUGAAGAUGCUCGCGGCGAUCAAUGUGAUGGUUGCGGCAAACUGGUCAAUGCCAUUGAGCUGAAGAAUCCCAGGUGUAAAAUAUGUGGUAGCACGCCCAAAGUGAAGUCUUCUAGUCAAUUCUUUAUCGAUUUGCCCAAACUGGAGCCUUUGCUGCUUCACUGGGUGAAAAACUCUAGCCCUGGUUGGUCGCAUAAUGCUGAGGUAAUUGCAAAGGCCUGGCUGAAGGAGGGCUUGAAGCCCAGGUGUAUUACCAGGGAUCUUCAUUGGGGCGUGCCUGUGCCUUUAGAUGGGUUUCGCAAUAAGGUAUUCUACGUCUGGUUUGAUGCGCCAAUUGGCUACAUGUCAAUCAGCAAAGCCUACACUAAGGAGUACGAAAAAUGGUGGCGGCCUGCUAAGGACACGGAAGUGAAACUCUAUCAAUUUAUGGCCAAAGACAAUGUUCCCUUCCAUGCCAUUCUAUUCCCUGCAAUUUUACUUGGUGCUAACAGGGAAUAUGUUACGGUGUCUCAUAUUAUGGCCACAGAGUACUUAAACUAUGAAGAGGGGAAGUUCUCCAAAUCGCGCGGAAUUGGGGUGUUUGGUAAUGACGCAAGAGAUACAAAAAUCCCGAGUGAUGUUUGGAGGUUUUACCUCCUGUAUGUUCGGCCGGAGGCCCAAGAUGCGAGCUUCAGUUGGAAUGACUUGGCCACCAAGAAUAACUCUGAAUUGCUUAAUAACUUGGGCAAUUUUAUCAAUAGGGCAUUGAUUUUCGUGAAAAACAACUUCAACAGCACUAUCCCCAAAUUGGAACUCACCAGCGAAGACUACACUCUCUUGGCGUUGUGCACUCGGGAGCUCAAAGGCUACAUUGCGGCCUUAGACAAAUGCAAGUUGAGAGACGGCAUUCGACACAUCUUGGCGAUUUCCAGACACGGAAACCAGUACAUGCAGCUGAACCAGCCGUGGGUAAAAAUCAAACAAGGCGAAGAGGGAAAGUUGCGAGGCGGAACAGUUGUGGGAGUUUGUGCAAAUCUAUCCUGCCUUUUGGCUACCUUAUUGCAGCCCUACUUGCCCGAAACCAGUGAGAAACUCAAAGCUCAAUUGAACUGCGAAUACUUUGUGCUGAAUCCCGAAAAUAUUGAAAUAAUCAAUCUGUUGCCUACUGGACACUCAAUUGGCGAGCCGCAGCCACUGUUUACGAAAAUCGAACCUGAGGUGAUCGAAGAGUACAAGAAAAAGUUCGCUGGUAGCCAAGAAUCGAGAAAAACUCCGCCCAAAGAAAUUGUGAAACCAGAUUUGUGCAAUGGGGAUGCGGAAACUCUCGAGGAAGCGAUUGCAAAACAGGGAUUGGUUGUGAGAAAGCUGAAAGAGGGCGGGUUUGACAAAACGGUGUGGGCUCCGGAGGUCGCAAAGCUAGUGGCGCUUAAAGCCCGCCUGGCCGAACUAACAGGCGUUGCUCCGGACAAAAAAAGCUCUUCAAAGAAAUCCAAUGCUACAACGAAUAAUAAUGUGCAAAAAGUAGCCAACAACAUGCCGGCAAAAUCAAAAAAGAAGCCGGUUAACAACAGCAAUUGAUGGGACCAGCUUGAAAGUUCUUCUAAAAACAUACAAAAUCUCUUUGAUCUAUGUGUGGUUAAUUUUAAAAUACAGUAUUUUAUAUGUUGACCAUGUUAAAACCAUUUUUUACGUACGUUUAGAAGAAGGGAAUCGAACUAGUUCGACGGGAUUUUCAUUCUCUGUUCCAUCGAAUAAACUAUACAUUUUUGCGGCUAGUGAGUUUAUACACAAAAAGUAUCAUUCAAAGUAUUAGAAAACUGCUGGGAUCAAGUUGGGACAACAUCUAUAUGUUGUAAUUUAUUUAUUUAUUUAAUUUAUUUGCUUAUUUUACAAAACAAAUUCGGAAAAUUUCGUCAGUAUCACUUCGGCUUUGCACAAUUGGUUGUGUAUGUAUUUAUAGGUACGAUAUGCGCCCGUUGGUCUUUAAAUAAAGAAAUAUCAUUAAGUUCA